GAAGAAGUUCGGAAAACAUGGCCGCGAUGGAUGGGGACCAAAGGCAGAUGAUGGAGGGUGCGGCGGAGGACAAGUUCCCGGACGGGUUACGAGUCCUCGCCGUGGACGACGACUGCGUCUGCCUCAAGGUGCUACACAACCUCUUGCACGGCUGCAAAUACCACCCAACGACUGUGACGGAUGCCAAGACGGCGCUGAAGAUUCUCAGGUCAGGGAAGGAGAAGUUCGAUGUGGUCAUCACCGACGUGCGCAUGCAGGACAUGGACAGCUUCAAGCUCCUCGAGCUCAUCCGCCUCGAGAUGGAUCUGCCCGUCAUCAGUACACUCACUGCUCAAUUCUAA